AUGGUCAUCAGCAUGACCUGCCCGCCGGAAUACGGGGCAUCGGCCGCCAGAUCAAGCUGCAAGCCCGCCAAGGCGACGGCGUGCCACAAGCUGCGGCCCUCGCAGUCACAGCUCCUCGAUCCCGACGAGCUGACGCGAAGAUUGUCCCUCUUGCUCGCCGAGCAAAACGGCCACGCUCCGAGCAAGAGGCGUACGAUAUUCGGCGCAGCGUGGCGGACGCCGCAGGUCGGCUUCGACGCGUCGGCCCCCUUGAACUCUGACCGAGGCGAGCACCAACGUCACCCAGCGUACAGACAUGGUAUCGGCGACGCACAGCAGGGGCGCCGGCUGCACAAGCACAAGCUCCACCUCACGAGCUCCAAGAAGUCGUCGGGCUGCAGUGACAACGGGGGCGAGCCAGUCCGCUCUUCCAGCUAUCGACAUGUUCCACAAGUGGCAGCCUCUCAGUUUGCCCGCACCACCACCGCCGACAGCACAGCCGGCAGGCAGCUCAUCCACAGGCUGUCCCAGAAAGCCAUCAAGUUCCAUCUGGACGGGCCCAACGCCAGCCGCGAGAUCGCCGCAGCCAGUCCCAACGUUGCGCCAUUCAAGCAGGCUCAAGCCCUCCGAAGGGUACAGAGCAUGCGCGAGCGCCAGUACGGACGCAACCAGUUCCACUACACACCCACCCUUGCAACCAUGACCGAGAUCGACGAACAGCGACCCCCUUGCCAUCACCGCCAUACCCUUGAGCCUUACUCGGGGCCGAGGUUAGAGGGCCAUGAGGGUCAGAAGGAUUCCGCAAAAAGGAGGAGGAGUACUGGCAACAUCCUUGGCAAACCAGACGCAUCGCCCAAGGGACCGUUUAUCAUGCCAGUUAGCCCGGCUGCUGCUGAGCGGCGGGGCAGUGGCGAUGCUCUCGACCCGUCUGAGCACCAUCCAGUAGACUGGACGCAGAGCGACGAGACAUGGGCCCAACCGACCGUUCUCGUGGCAUCGCCGCAACCUCUUCGGAAGCCCGAAUCGAAAUGGGAUCUCCGAGGUCGGCUCGGAAGCCUCACCAGGCAUGGCAGAGGCGAAAAGACUCCUUCCCCGCCCCAGGAGAGGAGAGUUUCACAGGACUCGCCAAAAUCCCCAAAAUCCCCUACAGGCGGCCUCUUUGCCCGCUUCAAACGUUAG